UAGGUACAAGCGAAUUUUGGCCCGAUUCAAUUUUCUCUCUUGCUAAACCUUUCUCUCUCUUCUCGGAAAACCCUCCUGCAACUUCACCACUCUCUUCUCGGAAAACCCUCCUGCAACUUCACUACUCUUUUCUCUUUGCAAUGGCAAAGACUAAAAAUUCUACAGACAUUGAAGCACUCCAGUCAGAUGUAGCUUCUUUCGCUUCUUCACUCGGUCUUGCCACCUCCACGCCGUCUUCAGGCUUCGAUGACUCUGACUUCCGCAAAAAAGGUCGCAUCAAACAGCCACCUACAAAUGAUAAUAAUACCAAUACCGAGAAAAGCUCUCAACAUGAAAAGGAAAACAAGUUCAACAAAAAGAAAAUCAAUAACAACGAUAAAUUCAUAAAAAAUCCCAAGCCGCAGCCUAAAGCCGAACCUGAAAAAAUCGACAAUAAUUUAUGGAAUACAACGCACAGCAAAUACAAGAACAUGCCUAAGCUUCCGCUUGUGAAAGCGAGCGCGUCGGGGGUAUGGUACGUUGAUGCUGCAGAAUUAGAAGAUAAAGUUAUUGGGGAGAAGAAAAAUGUUGAGAUUAAGAAUUUAGAGGAGUGGAAAAAGAAAGUGGAAAAGAAGAAGGAAAUGGGGGAGAGGUUAUUGGCGCAGUAUGCAAUGGACUAUGAGUCGUCACGAGGACAAAGUGGAGAUAUUAAGAUGGUACUUACCACGUUAAGGUCAGGAACUGCUGCUGAUAAAGUGUCUGCCUUUUCUGUUAUGAUUGGCGAUAAUCCAACUGCCAAUUUGAGAUCACUUGAUGCUCUUUUAGGGAUGGUGACAGCUAAAGUUGGAAAACGCCAUGCUUUGGCAGGUGUUGAAGCAUUGAAAGAACUGUUUGUUUCUAGUCUGCUGCCUGAUCGCAAGCUGAAGACACUCUUUCAGCGGCCGAUAGAUCAUAUUCCGGAUAAUAAAGAUGGUUAUUCGCUUCUACUCUUUUGGUAUUGGGAGGAAUGUUUGAAGCAAAGGUAUGAGCGGUAUAUCACUUCUCUUGAGGAAGCGUCAAGAGAUGUCUUAGAUAUACUCAAAGACAAGGCAUUAAAGACAGUUUAUGUUUUGCUUAAGUGCAAACCAGAACAAGAGCGUCGAUUGCUUGCUGCCCUAGUAAACAAGCUAGGAGAUCCUAAAAACAAGGUUGCAUCUAAUGCUGAUUAUCACCUAUCAAAGCUUUUGGCUGACCAUUCAAAUAUGAAGGCUGUAGUGAUUGAUGAAGUUGAUAAUUUUCUUUUCCGGCCUCAUCUGGGAUUGCGAGCCAAGUAUCAUGCUGUUAACUUUUUAAGCCAAGUUCGUUUAAGUCACAGGGGGGAUGGCCCAAAGGUGGCAAAGCGUUUGAUAGAUGUAUAUUUUGCUCUAUUUAAGGUCUUAAUAUCUGAAGCAGGGGAUGGACGGAUGAUGAAUAAAAAGAGCGAGGGACAUAAAGAGGUUUCUGGCACUUCGAAAGAGAAGAAAGAAAAAGAUUCAUCAGAAUCUCAUAUUGAAAUGGAUUCACGCUUACUAUCAGCGCUUCUUACGGGUGUGAACAGAGCAUUCCCUUUUGUUUCAAGUGAUGAAGCUGAUGAUCUCAUUCAGGCCCAUACACCCGUCUUGUUUCAGCUGGUUCAUUCAAGUAACUUUAAUGUUGGAGUUCAAGCUCUCAUGCUCCUAGAUAAGAUCUCAGCAAAAAAUCACAUUGUUAGUGAUCGAUUUUAUCGUGCCUUGUAUGCUAAGCUCCUUCUACCAGCUGCAAUGAAUUCUUCCAAGGAGGAAAUGUUUAUUGGCCUGCUACUGAGGGCUAUGAAAAAUGAUGUAAAUGUGAAGCGAGUUGCUGCAUUCUCAAAGCGAUUGUUGCAGGUUGCAAUUCAGCAGCAGCCUCAAUACGCAUGUGGGUGUCUGUUUCUUCUGUCCGAGGUCCUUAAGUCAAGACCAACUCUCUGGAACAUGAUGCUGCAGAGUGAGUCUGCUGAUGAAGAUCUUGAGCAUUUUAAGGAUAUUACAGAAGAAGAUGAAAAUCGACCCAAUCCACCAAAUCGAACAGAUAAUGCAAGUGAAGUUGCUCUAGAAUCUAACCACUUGCAAAUUCGCAAUCAUUCCCUGCAGGAAGAUGGUAGUUCUACUUCCGAGUCUGAGGAUGAUUCACUCCAAGCUAAUUUGUCGCCUGCUAGAGGUGGUUUAGAUGAACCAAAGGAUUCUACAUUGCUGUCCGGAUUUAACAAACUUCUACCUGAAGGUUCAAAUGAAAAGCACUUACUGCCCGGAGGAUAUGAUCCACGGCACAGAGAACCUUCAUUCAGCAAUGCAGAUCGUGUUAGCUGGUGGGAGCUGAUGGUACUGGCAUCACAUGCACAUCCAUCAGUUGCUACCAUGGCUAGAACCCUUCUUUCAGGAGCAACCAUUGUGUAUAAUGGUAACCCCCUGAAUGAUCUUUCGCUGAAUGCUUUCCUCGACAAGUUCAUGGAAAAGAAACCAAAACAAAACACUUGGCACGGUGCCUCCCAGAUUGAACCGGCUAAGAAGCUUGACAUGCAAGGGCAGUUGAUUGGGUCAGAAAUUCUCUCCUUGGCUGAAACAGAUGUACCCCCUGAGGAUCUUGUCUUCCAUAAAUUCUACGUAAAUAAGAUGAAGUCGUCGAAGAAGCCUAAGAAGAAAAAGAAGAAGACGCCAGAGGAUGAGGCUGCUGAGGAGUUUUUGAUAGGGCUGUAUUUUGUCCCGGGCCCGGGCCUUAGUGGGCCUAACGGGCCGGGCCUCGCGGUCNUUUUACAUGAAAGAGUUGCUGAUUUUGAUACCCUAUCCUCACAGAUUCUCCUGAUAUAG